ACCACCACCACCACCACCACCGCCACAUCAGAAUCAAACCUCAUCAAGUUCUGGCCAGUUCGGCUUCGAGAACAAUGGCCGACGGUGCCUCUCUCGAUAAGCUGGUGGCCCAGUAUUUCCAGCUGGUCGAACCGCGUGAGCUGGAGCUCCCCUGUAGCUCAAGGCUGGUGACCCCCGCAGUGCAGAGGGCGAUUUUCGAGCGCAUGUUCGACGAUGCACGCGUGUCGCCUGUACCUCCGGCAGGGUAUCGCAGCCGGGUGCUGAAGAUGAUUAUUUCGCAGAUUGAAGAGGCGAUUUGCAAUCCAGAGGAGGAUGAGAUCUUAGACGAUCUCAUGAACUGCUGGAGCGACCUGGUAGCCCAACCCAAGCCGUCAUCUUUGCAGCAGGCCCAGGAACUGGCGUAUGUGAAGUAUACGGCCCCCCCGCACGAUGGGGACGAUGCAGCUCGCACCGUGAUCACCUUGGAAUCCCGGGGUCUGAUCCUAGGGUCCGGCACGACGGGGUUCCGUACCUGGGAGGCAGCCCUGCACCUGGGCACGUUCCUGGCGAUCCCGGCCGGCGCACCCAUUGUGCGCAGUAAACGGGUCAUCGAGCUAGGUGCAGGCACCGGGUUUGUGUCCAUGUUCUGCGCCAAACACCUGGGCGUGGAGAGCGUAGUCGUGACGGAUCGUGAACCCGCUCUGAUAGAAAACAUCCGGAGCUGCCUGGCCCGCAACGGACUUGACCAGGGUGUCUGCCGACCGGCGAUCUGGGACUGGGGGAGUCCUCUGCGAGUGACGGAUGACGGUCACCAUGACGGUGAUAGUGAUCCUCUAGAAUUCGACGUUGCCUUGGGUGCGGAUUUGAUCUACGACGUUGACCUCGUCCCGCUCCUGCUAUCCACCAUCCAAGACCUUUUCACGACAUAUCGGCUCAAGGAGUUCAUCAUCUCCGCCACCCUCCGCAACCAAGACACUUUCCAAACCUUCCUGAACGCAUGCAAAUCUCUUAAUCUCACUCUGGAGCACAUUCAGUUUGAAUCUCCUGCCGGGUCGCAGACAGGCUUCUUUCAUUCGACAAGCAUCCCUAUCGAGAUGUAUAGAAUAAAGGCUUAGAGAAAUUUCAAGAAAUCAGAUAUGAGACUAUCAACUCUAAUUGACCAGUCCCCUAACCACAAAGUCAUACAGCAACUAGGAAAAAAGUACAUGAAUAGAUGUUAGAAGAUAUUGUACAUUGAUAUUAGAUUAUCCUAUCCAGAAAAAUACAUAUAUAAUAAUAGAAAUAUAAGACAAGGAAAGUCGGGUAUCAUCGAAU